AUGGCGAGGGCGGUUCGUGCGCCUGAGAUAACAUUCCAAGAUCGAUGGGGCGCGCCCGUCGACAUCUGGGGGCUCGGCUGCGUGGCUCUAGAACUGCUCCUACCGCACAGGCCAUUCUUUCCGGACGAACCUCCUGAGGAGAGCUACAUCAACGACUUCGUUCACUUAGCGCAGAUGAUCGAACUGCUCGGCCCGUUCCCACCCGAGACCCUGGCGAACAGUCAUGGGGCGAGCGCAUUCUUCGACAAGGACGGAUCGGUGUCGAAAAAGGCGGGCCGAAUCCGGCUCUCUGGCCGGGGCGCCCUUCGGGAGCAGCUCGCGCGCGUCGGUCUCAGCGGCGCUGAGCUGGACGAGACGCAUGCGUUCCUGAGGCGGAUGCUUGCGUUGGACCCGGCGAAGAGGGCGACCGCGGUUGAGCUGCUGAAUGAUCCCUUCAUGGCGGACUUCGAUCUGCGCGCGACCGGCCCCGCGCAUUAG